UGGUUGGUUAUAUACACGCCUUCAAGACUCUCAAAGGUCGUAGCGGCUUGUAGUUUUCUCAGUCUACAAAAGAGAGAGAGAGAGAGAGAGAGAGGGAGAGAGAGCUGUAGAACAACCAUCAAGAUGAUCAUCCCUGUUCGCUGUUUCACUUGCGGCAAGGUAAUUGGGAACAAAUGGGAUACGUACCUUGAUCUUCUCCAGGCGGACUACGCUGAAGGAGAUGCUCUGGAUGCACUGGGUCUGGUUCGUUACUGCUGUAGACGGAUGCUCAUGACUCAUGUUGACCUCAUUGAGAAGCUUCUGAACUACAAUACUCUGGAUAAAAGUGAGGGCAGUUGAGGAAACACUACGGAGUGGAGUUAUGAAGGGUUAGAAGUUGCUUGUUUUGCAUGAUCUGUUGGAGGUGUCUUCGCAUGAACACUGUUUCCAUUUGUUCGGGUGGUCGCUGCAGUCACAUUCAUGGUUAAAAUGGUGGAUCAAUUUGGUUGUGUAAAACAUAACAAAGUACUGAUGUAGCAAAACGAAAAUACUUUUGAUGGUGUUUUUUGUGGAAUGGUUUUAUAUAUACAUAUGCAGCCUAUCCAUCUAAUUUUAGUUUUCUAGUGUUGGAAGAUUUUAUGAUAUUAAUUAUUUUUGUUA